UCCAGGGAUCAGCCUGCCAUCAUAAACUGUUCCAACUCGGAAGUUGUCUCCUUUAACCAUACGAACUCGCUGUAUUUAACUUUUCUAAGUCUGUCGGUUGAAGGUUUGUGUUUGUGCGCAGUCACUACAUUGUAGUUUCAACAUGUCGGUGAAUCCAGGACAGCCGGUGGUCGCUGUUGUGCAACGAAUUGAGAUCAAAAAGUUAAGGCAGGGAGAGAACCUGAUCCUGGGCUUCAGCAUUGGAGGUGGAAUGGAUCAGGACCCAGGGCAGAACCCCUUUUCUGAGGACAAGACUGACAAAGGCAUUUAUGUGACCAGGAUAUCACCAGGAGGACCAGCAGACGUCGCAGGUUUGAUGAUGGGAGACAAAAUAAUGCAGGUUAAUGGCUGGGAUAUGACUAUGGUGACUCAUGACCAGGCACGCAAACGACUCACUAAAAAGAAAGAAGACGUUGUUAGGCUGCUGGUAACCAGGAAGUCACUGGAGGAAGCUGUCAAACAGUCGAUGGGAAAAAAGUACCCCUGUUACAAACAGUGAUGGAGUAGCCAACACAUGAACCGUUGUACUGAGACUUUGAAUCCUGGCCUUUAUAGUGAAUAUCACACAGACCGUGUCAGACCUUCUACUGCAGAGCCGACGUGUGCACAUGUCACCAGACAAUGGGAGGCUGAUCCGACCUGCACACGCACUACCACUCAUCUGCCUCACUUUUUAUACAGGUUUUUG